GGUCAUUGCGGUGCCUUGUAGCUGUCCCGGGAGCCCUCAGCAGCAGUUGGAGCGGGUGCACAGGAAGGAUGAGGAAGACCAGGCUCUGGGGGCUGCUGUGGAUGCUCUUUGUCUCAGAACUCCGAGCUGCAACUAAAUUAACUGAGGAAAAGUAUGAACUGAAAGAGGGGCAGACCCUGGAUGUGAAAUGUGACUACACGCUAGAGAAGUUUGCCAGCAGCCGGAAAGCUUGGCAGAUAAUAAGGGACGGAGAGAAGCCCAAGACCCUGGCAUGCACAGAGAGGCCUUCAGAGAAUUCCCAUCCAGUCCAAGUGGGGAGGAUAAUAAUAGAAGACUACCAUGAUCAUGGUUUACUGCACGUCCGAAUGACCAACCUUCUAGUGGAAGACUCUGGACUGUAUCAGUGUGUGAUCUACCAGCCUCCCAAGGAACCUCACAUGCUGUUCCAUCGCAUCCGCUUGGUGGUGACCAAGGGUUCUUCAGGUACUCCUGGCUCCAAUGAGAAUUCUACCCAGAAUGUGUAUAAGAUUCCUCCUACUACCACUAAGGCCUUGCGCCCACUCUAUACCAGGCCCAGAACUGUGACCCAAGCUCCACCCAAGUCAACUACCGAUGUCUCCACUCCUGACUCUGAAAUCAACCUUACAAAUGUGACAGAUAUUAUCAGGGUUCCUGUGUUCAACAUUGUCAUUCUCGUGGCUGGUGGAUUCCUGAGUAAGAGCCUGGUCUUCUCUGUCCUGUUUGCUGUCACGCUGAGGUCAUUUGUACCCUAGGCCCACGAACCCACAAGAAUGUCCUCUGACUUCUAGCCACAUCCAUCUGGCAGUUGCGCCAAGGGAGGAGGGAGGAGGUAAAAGGCAGGGAGUUAAUAACAUGAAUUAAACCUGUAAUCACAGGCUAUUUCUAAAGUCAGCGUCUCACCUUCCUGUCCACUGCCCUCAUUUCUCUAACAACCUUGGGUGGGCAUUUGUGCCUCAGAAAAGAAGUUACAGCCCCAAACAUGCCUGGUCCUUCAUUCCACCAGUCACUUGGGGUUUGCAUGAAAUACAGACAGUUCAAUGCUUUUCACCGUAAUUCUCUUGCGGGGGCUGUGACAUGCAGAAGGCACUCCUGAUACUUCUCCUGCUCAGUUUUGCCCUGGACCAUACAAUUUUGGCCUGACCUGGACAGAGCUCCCACUACAGAAGCAUCCUGCUGUCCCCAUGCUGGGACUUCCUCUUUCUAGCAUCAGACACUUGGAUUUCAUGCUUAUAUGUGGUUCUUUCCAACACUCCCAGAAAAGGGUGUUGAAGAUUGUGGAACAUGGAGAAAUAAGACAUCAUGGUGAGAAAGUGCAUCCUUCUCAGAGAAGAGUUAAACUGAGUAUCUUGUCCUGGGGAAAUACUGGCAGGCCGAGAUGGGAUCCAUAGGAGAGCAACAACAGACAAUGGUCAGACAUCCUGUGUGCAUUUAUCGCUGGAUCCUGAAAAUAGCCCCGUGAAGGCAGAAAUGUAUGUGACUAGAACGAGGCCACAUGAAUAAGUCACUGCCCACUGGCAGGAGUGAAAACUGAAGAGCUCUUUACCUGAAGGACCCCAAAAUCAUACAGAAUAGAAUAACCAGGAGUUCC